GGAACAGCCUCCUCCUGCCUCCUCUGCCUCGGCUCCCUGACCUCCUGCCCCGAUGUCCUGCCAGCAGAACCAGCAGCAGUGCCAGCCCCCUCCCAAGUGCCCCUCGCCCAAGUGUCCCCCAAAGAGCCCGGCACACUGUCGGCCUCCAGCCUCCUCCUCAGGCUGUGCUCCCAUCUCCGGGGGCUGCGGGGGCCCCAGCUCUGAGGGCGGCUGCUGCCUGAGCCCCCACAGGCGCCGCCGGUCCCACCGAUGCCGGCUCCUGAGCUCCGACUCCUGCGACGGAGGCAGUGGCCUGCAGUCCGGGGGCUCUGGCUGUGGCCAAGGCUUUGGGGGCUGCUGCUGACCUGGGCUCCUGAUCCUGAGACAAAUGAUUUCGAGGAAACAAAAUUCCAAGGACCACGUCAGCCUGGUGUGUUCGCUCCCAAUACCCAGUCUCUGUGCCCUUGGCCUGUGCUGGGAUGUUCCUGGAAAGCAGCCAAGCCCCCAGCAGGGCUCCUCCUACCCACUUUCCAGGAGCCCCAGGAUGCCCACUUCUACUCUGCCGGAACUUGCAGUCCCCAGCCCCUCAAUUGUCAUCACCCAUGUCUAGCCCUAUGAAUGAAUAAAGUUUUUGUUUCCUCAACA